AUAACUCUAAUGAGAGAAGUGGUUCAUGUCAUGUUUGUUUAAAAAGGAAUCACUUGAAGUAAUUGGUUUCGUCAGAAGGUUUUGUCUCGAAGCUUCAUUUAUGAAACCCGAGGAGGGCCCCCUUAUUGGUUUUAUUGGGAUUGGCUUUGUUCUUGGGGAUAGAAUCAUCUAUUUCAUUGAUGUUGUGGGGAAGUUUUCUAGGCAUGAAAACUUAAAAUUUCUUCUAAGAUCCAAGGCAGCAAAAAAUUCCCGACUUGAACCAGACACCAUGGCCUUAGACCAAUACAUGGAAGAAACUGUGGCUCAAAAUGAUUAUAAUAGAGAAGAUAAGCCAUCGCUGCCAAACUGGAAAUCUGUUUCUGAGACAGUCAUAGACUCUGAUGAUAGCCGCUCCAGUGGUUUUGAUUGCAAUAUUUGCCUAGACUCCGUGCAUGAUCCGGUGGUCACUCUUUGUGGUCACCUCUACUGCUGGCCCUGCAUAUACAAAUGGCUUCAUUUCCAGAGCAUCUCGGCAGAAAACCAAGAUCAGCACCCACAACAGCAAUGUCCUGUAUGCAAAGCCGAAGUUUCCCAAUCUACAAUAGUUCCACUCUUUGGCCGGGGCCAAACCACAAAACCCUGCAAGGGCAAAGCCCCCAAUCUCGGUAUAAUCAUUCCACGAAGACCUCCUGGUCGUGCAUGUGGUUUUGACUCACCAAGAUCACCUAUUGCCACCAGCAGUCCUCGCGUAACACCGCAAAUUCAUCAUCGGCAUAAUUAUCCGCAUCAAUCGCAACACUACUAUUCUCAGCCAGGGAGUAACUCUACUUCCCCGAUGCGUAGCCCAGGGGGCUCUACAUUGAACAUGCCCGCGCUAGAGGUCGGGAUGUUCGGCGAAAUGAUGUACUCAAGGGUCUUCAGUAACUCGAUAACCAACAUCCACAGUUACCCAAAUUCGUAUCAUCUUGCUGGAAGCGCCAGCCCAAGAGUGAGAAGGCAUGUAAUGCAAGCUGAUAGGUCGCUCAGCAGAAUCUGCUUCUUCCUCUUCUGCUGUGUAUUUUUGUGUUUUCUCUCUUUCUGACCGAAGCGUUUAUGUUUUUUAGACGUCGUGUAUACCUGUAAUUACAAGUCCAAGAUUAUACAGAUUCAGCUGGAUGCGCUUUUAGAUGUUAAGAAAUUUUACUUAUCCCGCGCUGCGAUAUAUGUAAUUAUGAGUCCUUUAUCAUGAGCUUUAUCUUGUAACUUGAUGAAACGUACAUCUUAUCAUGAGCUUUAUUUUGUAAGUA